AUGCCUCCAGCCAAGGGCAGUGCUCCAGCCGCCAACAAGAUCCUAGACGGCCACAACCUGUAUAUAGUCAGACCAACUAAACGACUCAUACCGGAUUUUCCAACAUGGCUGCAAUGUUUCUCAGUGUACUCGGCAGUACUUAUCUUAAAAUACCCGGAGAGGGCCACUUCCCUUCUCCUGUAUCAGAAAAACAUCGCCUACCUCAGCCAGCGGUUCCGCUGGCCAUCCUGGGUAGUUUACGACAACAGCUUCCGGUCGGAGGCAGCCGACAAUGCAAAAACUGAUUGGUCACUGAUCGACUACGGGGUUCAUUCUAGGUCGUUCCACAACCAAACCCUCAUACGGGACAGCUGGUGCGCAAAUUGUCACUCAGUGGACCACCUGCAAGCAGACUGUCCGUACGCAAAAACCGGGGCCCCACCGAAGAAACGACCAGCUGCUGCUCCUUACCCAAUGCACUCAAAACGCCCCAAUGCACCCAUCUGUAUGAACUUCAACAGAACGAACUUGGAACACUAUUUUCACCAAUCAAUAGCACCUGCUACCCAUCGCUCGUACAAUUCAGCCCAAACCCGCUACAUUAAACUCUAUACACAAAUUAGCAUUCAACCAUUACCUUUAGAAGAAACCCACCUAUGCCGUUUUGCCUCCUUCCUAGCAAAAGACAACAUUACGUACACAACAAUCAAAUGUUACUUCUCGGCACUCCGCCGACUACAACUAUCCCACAACUACCCAGAACCAAUGAUUUCCUCCUUUCCCAAACUGGAAUGUGUCGUUAAAGGCAUCAAGAGAGAACAGGCCCAUAAGAAAGGAGAGACACCAAAGCGUCUCCCCAUCACAAUCGAGAUUCUCCAAAAGCUUCGGGUCUUCUUCGAAGCUAGGAGUCAUGAAACAGACGCCUUCAUGCUAUGGGCGGCAGUCACUACAUGCUUUUUCGGCUUCAUGCGCUCAGGCGAAAUAACGCUGCCUUCGGAAUCAGCAUUCGACCCCUCGUCGCAUCUUGGUUUUGCCGAUGUCACGGUGGAUGACAUCUCAGCACCUCAGUUAGUCAAGCUUCGUCUCAAGGCCUCCAAAACGGACCCGUUUCGAAAGGGCGUGGAAAUCGUCAUUGGGCGUACGCACAACUCUCUCUGCCCAGUAGCGGCACUACUAUCAUACUUAGCCAUUAGAGGCAACAGACCGGGCUUCUUAUUCCUGUUCGCAGAUGGCCGCCCCUUGACAAAGUCCCGUUUCAUUCUGAAGAUCCGCGAGGCAUUGUCUCUAGUAGGAAUAGACUCAUCACAAUACGCAGGACACUCCUUCCGUAUCGGAGCAGCCACCACCGCAGCUGCACAAGGAAUUCAGGACUCAGUAAUUCAAAUGUUAGGCAGGUGGAAGAGCUCAGCUUACCAACUGUAUAUCCGAACACCAAAGGACAAACUAGCCCGUUACUCAUCCAUUAUUGCUGCUUGA